AUGGACCCAGGACAGCUUCCCCUACAUCUUCAAAUCAAGCGUCUGCGGGAAGUCCUUUCUUCAAAUCCCACUCUCGUGACUGUGCUCACUCGUGCUGCGGCUCUCAAUUUGCCAAAUUGGUACUUGGCCGGUGGCGCAUUGUCGCAGACAAUUUGGAACAGCGUGUCACAGCUGCCACUAGAGACAGGGAUCCGCGACUACGAUCUCGUCUACUAUGAUGAUUCCGACCUGUCGUACGAGGCGGAGGACCGAGCCAUUCAGGCCGGCCAGCGUCAGUUCGGCGAUAUCUCCGUGGAGGUGGAAAUUCGCAACCAGGCACGGGUCCACUUGUGGUACGAAAAGAAGUAUGGGGUGCCCUGUCGACCACAUGCCAGCGUCGAGGCUGGAAUCGACACAUGGAUCUCCACAAGUGCCAUGCUGGGGAUCAGGCUAGAUGAGACGGGGGAAUGGAUCGUCUAUGCCCCUCGAGGGUUGUCUGACUUUUUCAACAUGGUGGUAAGGCCUAACCCGGUUCUGGGCAAAAGAGAGGCGUAUGACAAGAAGGUCAAGCGGUGGAAGGCGAUCUGGCCAAACCUUAUAGCCGAACCCUGGCUAGGAGAAACGUGGCAAGGACCCUAG